UGAUUAUGAAGUAUGAGCUGCUUUUUAAUUGAGAAGUGUGAACCACAUUGUAUCUUAUCAUAAUAAAUAAAUCUUUCUUCACAGGGUACUGGUCUCCAUAAAAUUGUCACAGCUAUCAUAUUCAUUUGACAAUUAACGUUCACAAAGCUACAUUCAGCUUCUUCCACUGAUAUCAAUCAUAGUCCUACCAUCAUCUUCACAUCACAACAAUGGCUAAAGUUGGUAGAAUGAAGCUGGGUUCACAGGGCUUGGAGGUGUCUCAGCAAGGACUUGGUUGCAUGGGAAUGUCUGCUGCCUAUGGACCUCCAAAACCAGAACCUGACAUGGUUGCUCUAAUCCACCAUGCUAUUCAAAGUGGUGUCACAUUCCUUGACACUGCUGAUGUCUAUGGCCCUCACACCAACGAAAUUCUAAUUGGAAAGGCUCUGAAGGGAGGGAUGAGAGAGAAGGUUGAAUUGGCAACCAAGUUUUCAUUCAAUUUCAUUGAGGAUGGGAAAUUUGAAAUCCGUGGAGAUCCAGAAUAUGUGAGAGCUGCCUGUGAGGGAAGCUUGAAGAGACUUGAAAUUGAUUGCAUUGAUCUCUAUUUCCAGCAUAGAGUUGAUACUCGCGUGCCAAUUGAAGUCACGAUGGGGGAGCUUAAGAAACUUGUUGAAGAGGGAAAAAUAAAGUACAUCGGUCUAUCUGAGGCGUCGGCUUCAACAAUCAGAAGAGCACAUGCUGUUCAUCCCAUAACAGCUGUGCAAAUUGAAUGGUCUCUUUGGUCUAGAGAUGUUGAGGAAGAAAUAAUUCCAACUUGCAGGGAACUUGGCAUUGGAAUUGUUGCAUAUAGUCCUCUUGGCCGCGGAUUCUUUUCGUCUGGAUCAAAGUUGAUCGAUACUUUGUCGCAGGAUGACUUCCGGAAGGCUCUGCCUAGAUUCCAACCUGAAAACCUGGAGACAAACAGGACUAUAUUCGAGAGGGUUAACGAAAUGGCCAUGAAGAAAGGAUGUACUCCAUCUCAGCUUGCAUUGGCAUGGCUUCAGCACCAAGGCAAUGAUGUCUGCCCCAUACCCGGAACCACCAAAAUUGAGAACUUUAAUGACAACAUUGGAGCCUUGUCUGUGAAACUUACACCACAAGAAAUGACAGAACUCGAGUCCUUUGCUGCCGCAGAUGUUGUCAAGGGUGAUAGAUUUCCACAUGGCUUUGUACCUACAUGGAAGAACUCUGAUACUCCACCACUUUCUUCUUGGAAAGCUGUUUGAUCAAGUUCAGCACUUAAUUUACCAUUUCACCCUCUGGAGUGUUGAUACUAUAAAAAUAAAUAGAUCAGUGUAAAGGGUAUUUAUGUUUAUGUAUUGUAUUCCCUUUUCAAAUGAAUUUGGUUACAUCAGUGAACCUUUGAAAUUUCUAGCUGCUGAUUUUGUAUUCUUGACUUCGAAGUGGUUUUUGGAUUCUAUUGCAGAUAACUUCAUAUGUAUUCUACAAAA